AUGUUUUGUCUCCUGCAAGCAGAUCUGGCAGUGUCCAGUAUGAGCGAAGAGGACUGGAAUGCAGAGCUGGGGGAAGAGCCAUCGCGCUUCCCUCCACCCUUUGAACAGGCUAGCUUCUCUGGAAGACCAAAUGACUCCUCGUCUGACUUCAGUCCAAGUGUGGACUCGUUUGGUGUUGAUGAAAAACCUAACAGAAGUCAGCAUAUGCAGGAUCAUUUUGGAGAGUAUUCUGGGACUAGAGAUACUGAUGAAGGUCUGAACAGGCAGUAUCAACCAGCACGUAGAUUCGGUAGUGGAAGGAAUUUUGGAAACAGAGGUUUUCAAGAAAGGAACAUAGAAGAUUCUAGUACACAAAGAGGCUUUAGAGGAUUUCCUGGCGGCUUUGGACGAAGUGAGGGUAUUAAAGAUGAGCAAAGAGGCAGACCUCAGUCUGGUGCUUUUCUUGGCUUUAGAGGAAGAGGAGCAUUUGGAGGUCGUCCAGGUUCUUAUUUAGAUUUUCUCUCAAAUGAGCUAUUUAUUCCUAAAAGUAAUUUAUCUGGAAUGCUUUCUUUAACAGCAGCUCACAAUGAAUGCAAUGAAGAAAUAAGUUCUGAAAGAGCUAUUUUAAGUUUUCUUUAUAUUGUUUACGAACUUGAAUGGUUAUAUUCUUCAGGUCCAAAGGUGACUUAUGUGCCCCCUCCUCCACCUGAUGAUGAGCAAGCCAUCUUUGCACGUUAUCAGACAGGAACUAAUUUUGACAAGUAUGAUGAAAACAUUGUCAAAGUCUCAGGACUUGACCCUCCAGCACCAUUACUGUCUUUUGAAAAAGCUAACCUUUGUCGGACUUUAAACGUGAACAUUGCUAAAGCUGGAUACUCUAAACUUACUCCAGUACAGAAGUACAGCAUUCCUAUUAUACUGGCAGGACGGGAUUUAAUGGCAUGUGCCCAGACAGGAUCGGGAAAAACUGCAGCUUUUCUUCUACCAAUUGUGGCCCACAUGAUGAGAGAUGGCAUAACUGCCAGUAGCUUUAAAGAGCAGCAAGAACCAGAAUGUAUUAUUGUUGCCCCAACCAGAGAACUGAUAAAUCAAAUCUUCCUAGAAGCAAGGAAAUUUGUGUAUGGAACUUGUAUAAGGCCUGUUGUCAUCUAUGGAGGUACACAAACAGGCCAUUCAAUUCGUCAGAUAAUGCAAGGCUGUAAUAUACUAUGUGCUACUCCAGGAAGGCUUCUAGACAUCAUUAGAAGAGAGAAGAUUGGUUUGCAUAACGUGAAAUAUCUGGUGUUAGAUGAAGCGGACCGCAUGCUUGAUAUGGGUUUUGGGUUAGAUAUGAAGAAGCUGAUUUCUCACCCAAGCAUGCCACCAAAAGACAAACGUCAAACACUAAUGUUUAGUGCCACUUUUCCUGAAGAAGUUCAGAGGCUGGCUAGUGAAUUUCUGAAAACUGAUUAUUUAUUUGUCGUUGUUGGACACAUGGGUGGAGCUUGUAGUGACGUUCAGCAAAGUGUUCUUCAGGUUCCUCGAUAUUCCAAGAGGGAUAAACUGAUAGAAAUUCUACAAAGCAUCGGUAAUGAACGAACCAUGGUGUUUGUGGACACAAAGAAAAAAGCAGACUACAUUGCAGCCUUUCUUUGUCAAGAAAAAAUACCAACCACUAGCAUCCAUGGAGAUAGAGAGCAGAGAGAGAGAGAGGUAGCUCUUCAGGACUUUCGUUCUGGAAAAUGUCCAGUUAUUGUGGCAACUUCAGUGGCAGCAAGAGGUCUGGAUAUAGAAAAUGUUCAACAUGUUAUUAAUUUUGAUCUUCCUUCCACCAUCGAAGAGUAUGUACACCGAAUUGGACGAACUGGUCGUUGUGGAAAUCCAGGCAAAGCAAUCUGCUUCUUUGAUAACAGUUCAGAUGGCCAUCUUGCACAACCUCUAGUUAAAGUGCUUUCAGCUGCCCAGCAGGAAGUUCCUGCUUGGUUGGAAGAAAUUGCUUUUGAUUUUCAAGGAGGAAGACCCUUCACAUCAGCUAAUACCCAAAAGAAUUACGGAAGCAGAGGCAACAUGAACCCAGAAGGAAUGAAGAUGUCAUAUUCUGCAAGCACAUUGGAGUCAUGGGAUUAA